AUGAAGCAAGUAGGCGCGGAGGGAUCCAGACUGGGUGGCGCGUUUAGCGUCAGUCUUCCAGAAACAUCAGCCGCACUCAACGUCGAAGAGUAUGCAUCUAAACCACAAAGUCACCACCGUACGGGUUUUCCAAAACAAGGUGGACAGUCACUCUCAUAUUGGCUGCAGCAAAUUCGAUGCGACCCGCUACUCGACCACCGCACCACUGAUAAACUACCUCAAGAGGCAGACACAGUCAUCAUCGGGUCUGGCAUCACAGGAACGCUAGUCGCCAAGCACCAUCUCGAGACAUUUCCGGAUAGAAGUAUCGCUGUCCUCGAAGCGCGAGAGUUUUGCUCCGGCGCAACAGGUCGCAACGCAGGUCAUUGUAAACCUGAUCAAUGGCGACAUUACGAGAAAUUUGCCCAAGCGUAUGGCCACGAUCAAGCUCUCAAGAUCAUGGACAAUGAGCAAGCCACGUGGAGAGCCUUGGUGGCGUACGUCAAACAGAACAACGUGGACUGCGAUCUCUGGAUUGGAGAGACUUUGGACGUCCCCCUCGAUGACGAAGUUGCAAAGAUAGCCAAAGAAGUCUUCGAAAGGUAUGCAGAAGCUGGUGGAAAGGUCGAGCAUAUCAAAGUUACCCAUGACCCGGUUGAAGCAGUGAAAAAGUCCCGAAUCAGGAGCGCGAAGGCCUGCUACGCAUGGCAGGCGUCGACCUUACAGCCGUGGAAGUUGACGGCGCACAUCAUGCGCGAGAACAUCACCAAUGGCGCCAACCUUCAAACCCACACUACUGCGAAGUCAGUCUCCGAGGGAACGGGGUCCAGGAAAUGGAUGGUUCAUACGGAGCGAGGAGACAUCUCAUGUGACACUGUUGUGCACGCCACGAAUGCCUAUAGUGCAGCCCUCGAGCCAUCACUUCGCAAUGUCAUCACACCUAAACCGCAUAUGUGCAACAGGGUGGUACCGCCACAAGCCUUCAGCGGAUCCAAGGCUAUCAGAAAUUCAUAUGGCAUUCUGCUACCGGACGGUGCAUUGUUUAGUAUCAAUCCGCGCUCGUCUUCCGAUGGUAAUAUAAUGUUUGGUGGCUCCAACCCAGGGCAGAAAGAGCUUGAUGCGUGGGUUGAGCAGAACCCAGAAAACUGCAUCAACGACGGACUUGCGAACCUGAAGAGUGUGACAACUCAUGUCAAGAAGUUUACAGAAGCAGAAUUCGAAGGCUGGAACGACGCCCCGGCAGGUCCAGGUGAAGGGUUUGAGUACAGUUGGAGCGGCAUCAUCGGCCUGAGUGCGGACGGCGUUCCGUUUGUCGGAGAGAUACCCGGAAAGCCUGAUCAAUAUAUUUGUGCCGGCCACCACGGACAUGGUAUGGCGCGAAUCUUCACAGCAGCACCUGGCUUGGUGAAGCUCAUGAAUGGUGAUAACUGGAGUGCAACGGGAUUACCAGAGGUGUACCAGAUGACGCCUGAAAGACUGGAGAAAUUGACGAGUAUGAAGCCCGCACCUGCCAUCGCGGUUAUUUGA